UCUUGACUCACUCAUACUUCAUACUAUAAAAGGCAUUGAAGAAGUAGCCACAAUAAAUCCAUAAAAUCACUUUCAAGAUCAUCAUUAGUGCAUAAUUAGUCAUGAUUAAGCUACUCAAAUGUGAGAUUAGCACCACUAAUCUCCUUUCCUCAUAUUCAAUUAACCACUCAAACCCUUGUUCUUCUUCUUCUUCUUCUUCUUCUUCUUCUUUCUCUCUCCUCCAAAGCAGAAAACUGAGUGCUUUUCCUACUCAACAUAAUGAGUCAAAGAUCUUCACUUUGAAAUCCAAACAAAGAGCAAAUGGGUUUUACUACAGUGUGGUGAAGAACACCUUAGAUAACCGUGCUCCUGCUAAGGUGAUUGUUGAAGGAACUGUAAUCUUGAAGAAGAAGACUCUUUCAGGAUUCAAAGAUGAUUUGAAGUCAAAAUUGAUUCAUUCUGAUGAUUCUUUGGUUGGAGGAAAGGUUUCAUUUCAGCUUGUCAGUUCUGUCCAUGUUGAUCCUGCCAACAACUUCAGAGGGAAACUUGGAAAACGAUCAUAUUUGCAGAAAACGGUCAAAGAAGUCACAGGUUUGGCUGAUGGCGAGUCAGCAUUCAGAGUUAGAUUUGAUUGGGAUGAGGACGUUGCUCUUCCUGGGGCACUAAUAGUAAGAAAUGAGCAUGACAAGGAAUUUUACCUAAGAACCAUCACCUUGGAAGACAUCCCAGGUCAUGGUUCAAUCCAUUUUGUUUGCAACUCUUGGGUUUAUCCAGCUCAAAAGUACGAAAAAGACCGUAUAUUUUUCACCAAUAAGACAUACCUACCUCACCAAACUCCUGCACCACUAUGUAAAUAUCGAGAAGAAGAGCUAGAGAUAUUGAGAGGUAAAGGAAAAGAUCCUAAUGAAAUGCUCCAGGAGUGGGAUCGUGUGUAUGAUUAUGCAUACUACAAUGACCUAGGAGAACCAGAUAAAGGUCGGAAAUAUAUCCGCCCGAUAUAUGGAGGGUCUCCUGAAUAUCCUUAUCCGCGUAGAGUGCGAACAAGCCGCCCCCCAACAAAGAAAGAUCCUCAGACUGAGAGUAGAUUGUCACUAGCCAAGACCAAACACAUAUAUGUUCCAAGAGAUGAAAAGUUUGGGCACGUCAAAUUGUCUGAUUUCAUGGGUGAUACAGUCAAGUCUUUAUCUCAUGGCGUUAUUGGUAUGCUGGAUGCGGUAUUUGAUUGGACACCAAUUAAGUUUAACGAUUUCAAAGAAGUGCUGGAUCUGUAUGACGGAGCAAUUAAGCUUCCAAAUAGUCCUUCACUUGACAAGAUUAUGAAAUUGGUCCCAACAAAAUUCCUGAAAGCACUGUUUCGAAGCGAUGGUGCAGAUUUUCUGAAUUACCCAAAGCCAGAUAUUGUAAAGGUGGAUGAGUUAGCAUGGAGGACAGAUGAAGAAUUUACCAGGCAGAUGCUAGCUGGUAUACAUCCUCUUAUAAUUCGCCGUUUAGAGGAGUUCCCACCAGUUAGUAAGCUAGAUCCUGAAGCAUAUGGAAACCAGAACAGCUCAAUUACCAAAGAAUGCAUAGAAGGAAAGCUAGAUGGAUUAAGUGUGGAAGAGGCAAUCCAGAGUAAUAAGCUAUUCAUAUUGGAUCACCAUGACAUAGUAAUGCCAUACUUAAGGAAAAUCAACCAAGAAACUACGUCAAAUGUCUAUGCCACCAGGACGCUUCUCUUCCUAAAAGAAGACGGAACUUUGAAGCCGUUGGUAAUUGAGUUAAGCCUUCCGCAUUCAAAGGGGGACAAAUUUGGUGCUGUUAGCAAAAUUUAUCUACCAGCCAAAGAUGGUAUUGAAGGCUCCCUUUGGCAGUUGGCCAAAGCCUAUGUAGCUGUUAAUGAUUCUGCUUAUCAUCAACUUAUCAGCCACUGGUUACACACACAUGCAGUGAUAGAGCCAUUCGUAAUCGCAUCCAAUAGACAAUUGAGCAUGCUUCACCCAAUUUACAAACUUCUGCAUCCUCACUUCCGUGAUACAAUGCCUGUCAAUGUAGUAGCUCGUCAGAUUGCUCUUAAUGCUGGUGGGUUGUUCGAGGCAGCUGUCUUUCCCCGACAGUAUGUUGUGCAGUGGACAUCCUCACUGUACAGGAAGUGGGUUUUCACUGAGCAAGCUCUUCCGAAAGACCUUAUCAAGAGAGGGAUGGCAGUUGAGGAUUCAAAAAGCCCUCAUGGAUACAAUCUACUUAUAGAAGACUACCCAUAUGCUGUUGAUGGGCUUGAAAUUUGGUCUGCAAUCGAGACUUGGGUCAAAGAGUAUUGCUCAUUUUACUACAAAUCUGAUGACAUGAUUGCUACUGAUCCUGAACUACAGUCCUGGUGGAAAGAAAUCCGUGAAAUAGGCCAUGGCGACAAGAAUGGUGAGAAUUCCUGGACAGAAAUGAAGACCUUUGAUGAUUUAACAGAAACUUGUACAACUAUUAUAUGGGUGGCUUCAGCUCUACAUGCAGUAGUCAAUUUCGGACAAUACCCUUACUCAGGGCACAUGCCUAACCGUCCGACUAUCAGCCGAAGGUUCAUGCCUGAACCAGGCACUAAGGAGUACACAGAACUAGAGAAAAAUCCUGAUGGCGUUUUCUUGAAGACAGUAACUAGCCAACUCCGAACAUUAGCUUGCCUUUCUGUGAUAGAGCUUAUUUCCAGGCAUUCUGAAGAUGAGGUCUAUCUUGGACAAAGGGAGCCUGGUUGGACUUCUGAUGCUUCACCAUUAGAAGCAUUUGAACGAUUUAGUAAGAAGCUAGUGGAGAUUGAAAACAAGAUCCUAGAAAGGAACAACGAUCCAGAACUGAAGAAUCGGGUUGGUCCAGCUAAGUUACCCUUCACACUACUUUGCCCUUCGAGUGGAGUAGGGAUCACUGGCAGGGGAAUUCCUAACAGUGUCUCUAUUUGAAGCUCUUUUGACUACACUAUGAAGCAAUGAGCACCAAGUUGUAAGGUUAUGAAUUUACUUUAUUUUUUGUUUUGAAAAUAAGAUGCUUGUGAGUAGUCUAGGAAGCAUGAAUAUGAAUAAGGUCACUAAAGAAAUCAGGUUGUAGACUUGUAGAUACAAGCAAAGUUCGUACAUCAGCAAGUAAAAGUUAACUGUAAGAUUUACGUAGGAUCAUAUUGUAAGAAAUGUCAUAUACUGAAAUUGGAAAUCAGUUUUAGCAGGAAAAACCAUAUUUAGAGGAAAUUAUAGGAAAGGAAAACCAUACAGUACGAAUACUAAUUUUCACUUGUUUGGUUGUUUAUGAUAAAUUAUUGAGUUGUUUAUGUUUGUUUUGUAAA